UUUUGUGAGAUUUAAUUAACAUCCCAUCUUUCAUUACAGAUAUAAGUGAGCCAAACUAAUGGAAAUUAUUAUCAAUAUGAAAUAACCAUUUAUGUUCAGGAGUGUUACUCGCUUUCCAGUUUGUGCCUAUGAGAGCAGUUUAGCUGACAUUAUCAGGAACAUUUUUUGUUUGCAUUACAAGUUUACUGCAAGUGGUUUAUCAGCUGGCUAUUCAAUAAGAAACUUGUCAAGCAUGACAAUCGAAACAAAAGCACCUUUGUCGUCUGAUGGAACUGGACUCGCUGGGACUGUAGAGAUCCUCCCAGAGCCGGUGAAGGGCCUCAGCGACAAGAAACAAUACAGGAGCUUGCGCCUCAGCAAUGGCUUACGCGCGCUUCUCGUAUCCGACCACGUGAGGCAUGGUCCUCCUGCCGCAGCCGCAGUCGAUGACACCAUGGAGGACGAUGAUGAAGUGGAUGACCAUGGUGAUGAGGAUGUUGAUGAAGAAGAGGACUCUGGUGACGAGGAAGGCUCAGAUUCCGGAGAUGAUGAGGAAGGUGACUUUGGGUCCAAGUGCAAGAACGUUCCUGACAGCAAUGAAUACAAAGCUGCUGCUUCCUUGUCUGUCUGUUGGGGCUCGUGCGUAGACCCUCCCGCGCUUCCGGGCCUCAUGCACUUCCUGGAGCACAUGGUUUUCAUGGGGUCAAAAAAAUACCCGACUGAGAAUGGCUUUGAUAAUUUCGUCAAUCGUCAUGGCGGUUGUGAUAACGCCUACACGGAUUUCGAACAUACGAAUUUCCACUUCGACAUUCAAGAGUCGUACUUGUGGGAGGGAUUGGACCGAUUUUGUCAGUUCUUCGUCGAACCUCUUAUGAUGAAGAACGCCAUGGACAGAGAAAGAAACGCUGUCGAUUCAGAAUUCACCAUAGCACUCCCUAUAGACGACAACAGAGAACAGCAACUAUUGAGUUCAUUUGCCCCUGCUGGUCAUCCAACGUCUUCCUUCACCUGGGGUAACGCCGCCUCGCUCUCUGCCUUGCCUGACGAUCAGGUUCACGCCAUGCUUCAUGAGGCCAGGGAAAAGUAUUACUCGGCGCAUUUCAUGACACUUGUGGUGCAAAGCCGUCAUUCUCUUGACGAUAUGGAAUGCCACGUCAAAGAAAUAUUUUCUAAAAUUCCCAACAAUGGCCUGCCUCUUCCUGAGAAGUGCCAACUUGAAUUUCCUUUCCCUCCAUCUGCCAUUAAUAAAUUCAUAUUUAUGGAACCAAUGAAAGCGAAGCAUGUGGUAGCAGCCACGUGGUUUUUACCAUCAAUGAUCGGCCAUUACAAGCGACAUCCGUUGAGGCUUCUCGCCCAUCUCAUAGGGCAUGAGGGCUACGGAUCUCUUUUAUCGUUCUAUAAGAACCAAGACUUGGCAUAUGCUCUCGAGUGCGAGUGUGAAAUGGGUGACUUCGAAGAAGGCAGUUUCUGUUCACAAAUGCGCGUUUCGAUCGACCUUACCGAAAAAGGCUACCGCUCGAUUGAUCAAGUGCUACUGACGCUCUUCCAAUACGUGGCUCUCCUGCAAGACCAACCACCCACCGAGAUGAUGUUUCGAGAGUAUCAACAGAUAUCUCGAUUGAAUUUUGACUUCGAAACGGAAUCUGAAACCAUUACUAACGUUGAGAGUCUUUCUGCUGCUAUGAUCAAGUUUAGCCCCGAAGACUACUUGUCUGGUUCUACUCUCCUGUUUGAAUUCGAUCCUCAAUUCAUUAAAGAGACUCUUGAGCGUCUCACGCCAGAUGCUGUAAACGUUGUAGUUAGAUCGAAACUUCUUGAUUUCUCUGGCGACGAUGUGAAAACCGAGAGAUGGUUUGGAACUAGGUAUCGAAUCGAAGAAUUCAGUGAAGCUCAAAGAGAGCUUUUCUUGAGUGCCAAAUCUACUCCUAAUCCCCAACUUCAUCUUCCUCUCCCUAAUGUUUAUAUUCCAAAUGACUUCUCCCUGCUGACUGCUCCAGAGAAACCACCCAAGUUUCCAUCGCGCGUGGUUUCUGACCCAACGUUAGGCUCCUUGUUCUACUUGCCGAACUACAAAUUUGAACUACCAAUCGUGAUCUUAAGAGUGCAGUUCGUGUUGGAGGAAAGGCCCUGCAGACUUGCUGAUAAGUUCUUGAAUAUCAUGUCCUUGUUUCUGCAGUGCUACCGAUAUCAGUUGAUGGAACUUCUCUACGAAGCCACUCUCGCCAAGUAUAAGUACUCGAUUGGGUACACCCAUGAGGGGCUUGUGCUUCACUUGUCAGGCUUCACAGAGAACAUCGGACGUGUUUUGAAAGUCCUUCUCGAUUCAUUGCAUAAUUUUGCGGCAAAUUUUUCAGAGGAGCAUUUCCACACACUCAAAGACCUUGAGACGCGCAAGCUCUACAACGAAGCUUCCAAGCCCAAUACGAUGCGGAAGCAGCUGCGCCUGCAUGUUCUGUUGCCACAGUGUCAUCUUUCUCUGCAUGCCCUCAAACAAAUACAAGUAAUAAACGUUGACGACGUGCUCUCGUGUGCCUCAGAUUUGUUGAAGAACGCCCAGGUCAACAUGCUAAUCCAGGGCAAUAUCACCGAGCCUUCAGCGCGUGAGCUCUACGAUAUGAUUGUAAAGAGCAUCCCUAAAGGCAUUGCUCAAGAACCUGCUGCCCUCAUGGAAAUUCCCGGAUAUCGUGUGCUAAAGCCAGGCACGACCGUUGUCCGUGUCAAGUCCGUUAACGAAGCUGACGGCAACAGCUCGAUCGUGAAUUACUACCAAGGAAAAGCUGGUACUCUGCGAGAUCAAGUACUCUCGGAUUUUCUCUUGUGUGCAAUGGAAGAGCAAUGUUUCGAUACCUUGCGUACUCAGGAACAGCUUUCUUACUCCGUUAGUAGCCAAGUCAAUGAGAGUAACGGAGUCGUCGGAUUAUCAAUUAGCCUCACUCCUCAGGCUGAAAAGUUUUCAUUGAGCCAUGUUGACACUCGUGUCGAAGCAUUCAUCGAAAAAUUCACGAAAAAAUUGCGAGAGAUGAGUGAGACAGCGUUCGCUACCAUCAAGCAAACUGUCAGGCAAUCGAAGAAAAUCGACGAUCUCAACUUAGAAGAUGAAGUGGCUCGCAAUUGGGCUGAAAUAACGAGAAAAGAGUACCUGUUCGACAGGCUGCAGAAGCACAUCGCUAUCUUAGAUUCGAUCACUCAAGAAGACGUAGUCAACUUCUUCCUCUCGCUGGUUGAUUCGACGUCUCCUGACUAUCGCAAGUUGAGUGUCCAAGUGAUCGGGUCAGCAAAUCAUAAGAAUUGCAAACCCCCGCCCAUGGAAAAGCUCAUUGAAGGGGGCUUCUCCUGCAUGCAAUUUGAAGGCGCUGACGACUCGGUCUCCGCUUCUCAGAACAACACGUUUUAUGUGUCCGACUGUCAGCAAUACAUUGAUUGCUUGCAAGAAAUGCCGCAUCAUCCUAUUGUGCACUGCUAGUCGAUUGAAUUCUAAGUAUUCGCGGAUCACGAUUCCAUCUAGAGAAGAAUAUAGUAAUUGUCUACAGCAUCCCUCUUUGUCUAGUGAUCCGAUACACUUUUGAACGUUUUUUCAAACGCGUUUUUUAUUCUUUAGAAAAUUAACUUAUUUGAUGAGAGAACAGUGAAUGUGCUUUCUGUACUAUAGACUUAUGCUUCUUGAAUUCCAGUUUUUUCGUGAAAUACUUUUCUCGAUUAGAAUCCUGAAAUCAGGCAUAAAAAAAUUAGUAAACUCUCAGGUCAGUUUCAUCUUCGAAGACUGAUAUUUGUCGAGGAGGUAUUAUAGUGCGAGAAUAGCAAUAGUCAGUAUUUACCCAUUCAUUGCAUGCGAUCGUGCAGGGCGUGAUCGACACUAGAUUCGUCAUCAUUUCCCCACCUUUCAGCUCCUAAGUCUCAAAUGGUUUUCUCAGCACUGCAUUUCUAGCACGCGAUGAUGAGUCAACACUAUACACGAUCAAUGUAGACGCCUUGUGUUGCGGCUUGAUUAAUCAUUAUUGGGUCGGUUAAGUAUUGGAUAAAAAGACUUGUUCACAUGAAGGAUAUUGAUGUAUUUAGAGGGUUGAAUAAAUUGAAACCAAUAAUUGGCUUGAAAUGUAACAAUAACUAAUGUCUUUUUUUACUAAAAUAAAUUUUCACUCA